GCCCGGCUCCAGAUGCGCCUUUGAUCUCCCGGUCAGCGCGGGCCGCGCGUUCGAGACCCGUCCGAGGCCGGCGGCGGGAAGGUGCGCUGCGUGGAAGCCUCGUGGGGAGAUGUGAUGCUGCUGAGGCGUAGGUGUGGCAUUGGCCAGGCUGCCCCGGAGGUGGGACUGUUCUCUCCACAGUACAGAUCUUUCCUCUGCUGCCAUGAGUGGGAAGUCACUGCUGCUGAAGGUGAUCCUCCUAGGUGAUGGCGGCGUUGGGAAGAGCUCCCUCAUGAACCGCUAUGUCACCAACAAGUUUGACUCGCAGGCCUUCCACACCAUUGGGGUUGAGUUCCUCAACCGGGACCUGGAGGUGGAUGGGCGCUUCGUGACGCUCCAGAUCUGGGACACAGCUGGGCAGGAGCGCUUCAAGAGCUUGCGGACCCCCUUCUACCGGGGAGCUGACUGCUGCCUGCUGACCUUCAGCGUGGAUGACCGGCAGAGCUUCGACAACCUGGGCCACUGGCAGAAGGAGUUCAUCUGCUACGCCAACGUGAAGGACCCCAGCCACUUCCCCUUUGUGGUUCUGGGCAACAAGGUGGACAAGCUGGAGAGGCAGGUGACCUCCGAAGAGGCCCAGGCCUGGUGCAUGGAGCACGGCAACUACCCCUACCUAGAGACGAGUGCCAAAGACGACACCAACGUGGCAGUGGCCUUUGAGGAAGCUGUGCGGCAGGUGUUGGCCAUGGAGGAGCAGCUGGAGCACUGUGUGCUGGGCCAUGCAAUUGACCUGCAUACCAGCAGCAAGGCAGGCUCUUCCUGCUGCUGAGAGAAGCCAAGGAGGAGGGGAGGGGGAGGGCACAUCCUGGAACAGUAGAUGCCAGGUGUGGGGUCCCUCAGGCUGCAGUCAGAGUGGGGGGCAGAGGGCUUUGAGAAGAGGACAGCUGGAAGGUCUCAUUCCUGCAUCAUCGCAUACCUAACCCACUGAGCAGUGUCCAGAUCAAGGGAUGUAAUAGUUCCAUUCUAUUCUGCCUUAUUCAGACAACACCUGGAGUCCUGUAUCCAGUUCUGGGCACCACAAUUUAAGAAGGAUAU